UAUUUAAAAACACACAUGCAGUUAACAGGAGAACUAUCAUGUUGUGUUCCAGCGUCCCGCGCCCUUGGGAGACAGCUGGACGAGCAGGCAUCGCUAGACAUGUUAAACCAUCUGAACGGGCUGGUACUGCCAGAGGACCUCUUCUUCAUCGAGGAGCUGAUCUUGAGUCUGUUUGACACCUGUACCGUACCCAAACCUAAUGAUCCCAGCUUUCAAAAGGUGUUUAAUGACCCAAUCCACGGACACAUUGAACUCCACCCGCUGCUGGUCAAAAUCAUAGACACACCUCAAUUCCAAAGACUGAGAAACAUCAAGCAGCUCGGAGGGGUCUACUACGUUUUCCCCGGAGCAUCUCAUAAUCGCUUCGAGCAUUCCAUUGGAGUUGGGUACCUGGCUGGAAAGCUUGCUAAAGCUUUGAAAGAGAAACAGCCUGAACUGAAGAUCGAUGACAGAGACGUCCUCUGUGUGCAAAUCGCUGGCCUCUGCCAUGAUCUGGGACACGGACCUUUCUCUCAUCUGUUUGAUGGGAUGUUCAUUCCUAAAGUACUUCCAGACUUGCCAGUCAAAUGGAAGCACGAGAAGGCAUCGCUAGACAUGUUAAACCAUCUGAUUGCUGUUAACAACCUGGAGCCGGUGAUGAAGGGCUACGGGCUGGAGCUGCCAGUGGACCUCUUCUUCAUCGAGGAGCUGAUCUUUGGGAAAAGGACCGACCCUCAUGAUCCAAAAAAAGAGUUGGAAUACAGAGGCCGUAAUCCGGAGAAGUAUUUCCUGUACGAGAUUGUGUCCAACAAAAGGAACGGCAUCGAUGUGGACAAAUGGGAUUACUUUGCGAGAGACUGCCACCACCUGGGCAUCAAGAAUAACUUUGACUACCACCGCUUCAUCAAGUUUGCCCGGGUGUGUAAGGUGGAAAAAGAAAAAGAUGCAGAGAAGAAGGAGAAGCAAAUCUGUACCAGAGAGCAGGAAGUGGGCAAUCUGUAUGACUUUUUCCACACAAGAAACUGUCUCCACAGAAGAGCCUACCAGCACAAAGUAAAAAACAGUGUUGAGGUCAUGAUCACCGAGGCCUUUGUAUUGGCAGACAAACACCUCACAUUCAAGGGGAAAGGAGGGAAAAGGAUCAAGAUGUCUGAAGCUAUAUAUGACAUGGUGGCAUACACCAAGCUGACUGACAACGUCUUCGAACAGAUCCUCUUCCCUACCUCAACGGAGCUGGAUGAGUCCAGGGAGAAUGAUGAGCUGGAUGAGGCCGUGAAGAAGAAGGAUCUGGAUAAGGCCAGCGAGAUCCUAAGGGAAAUCCUCAGCCGUCGCCUCUACAAGUGUGUGGGCCAGUUCUAUUCAGCAAAAGACAGGAUUGAGGAUACAGAGGCAAUGCGUUGUGAGUUGGCAGGUGACCAGGACAAUCCCCAGGGCAAUAACCUGAGGCCAGACCACUUCAUUGUCAAUGUUAUCAAGAUGGACUAUGGUAUGAAGGAGAAGGAUCCCAUUGAUCACAUACGUUUUUACCGCAAGAGUGACCCCAACAGGGCCUUCAAGAUCCCCAGGGGCCAGGCGUCCACGCUCAUCCCAAAACACUUUCAGGAGUGCUAA